CGCGUGCGCGCUACAUUGACACUUCCGGGUUUGUCUUUAAGUGAAAUGUAACAUUUCGCUUGUGAUGUAUCGAUGAAACUUGUUGGCAGAGCAGCGAAUACACGGUGCUUCGAUAGAAUUAAAGCGGCACGUCGUCAUGCUCGGCGACUGAGACUCGCUCUGAUGUCCUGAUGUUGUGCCUUAUGAGCGGACGGUCUCACAGCAGCAUGACGCGCCUGAUGUUUCUAGCGGCCGCGGUGUUUCUUCUGUCCGCUGCUGCGAGCGCCUCUCAGGGGGACAAAGAGCCCGUCUACCGCGACUGCGUCAAACAAUGCGUCCGGACGAACUGCACGGGGGCCCGCCUGCGCGGAUUCCAGUCCUCUCAGCCUCCAUAUAUGGCACUCACAGGCUGGACGUGUCGUGAUGACUGCAGGUAUCAGUGCAUGUGGACCACCGUGGGUCUUUACCAGGCAGAGGGCUACAGCGUACCACAGUUUCACGGGAAGUGGCCCUUUGCUCGUUUUCUGUGUUUUGAGGAGCCUGCAUCAGCGCUGGCGUCUCUGCUCAACGGUCUGGCAUGUCUGCUGAUGCUACUGAGAUACCGCAGCACCGUUCCUCGACAGAGCCCCAUGUACCACACCAUCACCGCCUUCUCACUGAUUUCCCUGAAUGCGUGGUUCUGGUCUACAGUGUUCCACACGAGAGACACUUAUCUAACAGAGAAGAUGGACUACUUCUGUGCAUCAGCUGUCAUUCUUUACUCUAUCUACUUGUGCUGUGUCAGGACAUUGGGCUUGCGUAGACCUGCGAUUUCCAGUAUGGUGGGAGCUCUGCUCAUUCUGGCCUUCACAUCUCAUGUGUCUUAUCUGACCUUCGUCAGUUUUGACUACGGGUACAACAUGGCUGCCAAUGCCACCAUAGGUAUGAUAAACCUGUUAUGGUGGCUGUGCUGGUGUUGGCUGAACCGCAGGAUUUUGCCGUACUGGUGGAAGUGUGGGAUGGUGGUGCUCUUACUGCAUGGUCUAGCCCUGCUGGAGCUACUGGAUUUCCCUCCACUCUUCUGGGUUCUUGACGCUCAUGCCGUCUGGCACCUCAGCACUGUGCCCGUACACUUCCUCUUCUACAGCUUUCUCAUAGAUGACAGCCUUCACCUCCUCAACACAGAGAAGCCUGGAGUGAAACUGGACUAGGAGGAAACCGUCUCAGAACCCCAACCCCUCCUCUCAUAUCCUUCCCAUCAGGGCAAGUGCGAGCCGGACUGAGCCAGGCCUCAGCCGCAGUGGCUUCCGGCACGUGUCCCUGGGGCUGACGUUCUGAAUUCCAUCGAUUUCUUUGUGUUUGCGGAUUCUUUUUUUUAUCAUAACUUUUUAAUUUUGCUUUGUACAGAAAGAGUUGUCGUUUGAUCUAGUUUAAAGAUCUGCUUCUAUACUGAAACCUGAAUGACGUUUGCAUUCACUUGAGCUUUGCCUUCAGUUAAGAAGUAAAUGGGCCUUUAUCAACAAAGCACUCUUCUGAAAAGGUGCACAGAAUAAUAACCAUCUCUGCAGAUCAGUAUCUCCACAUAAGUUUUUCUUAUCUCCCAUUCAUAUCCGUCUGUAUUUGAGGUGCUUGUUUCAAUGGCCCUGAAGUGAAUAUAUUUCAGAGGUAGUAGUAGACUGAGCUUCAGUUUUAACUAGAAGCGUGCUGUCCAUCAGGAGGGGUUAUGAGUGAGCAGUGUGCUCUGUUUCUGAGACGUGUGACCAGGGUGCAAUAGCACCAGCAAAGAGUGCAGUGCUGAUUAGUUUCCACAUUGUGGUAAGUCACUGAUCACUGUUCUGUGACUUUCCGGCAAAGACUUGUGAUGGAUUGGACGUUUUGUUGUGAUAGCAGUGCAUAUCAAGUUACCCAUUUUUUCUGUAAUCAUCCCUCACUUUAAUCACUGUAGAUUUAAAAGGAAUAGUCCACCCACAAAUGAAAAUUGUUCAUGUUUACUCAUGAUGAUUUUUAGUGAAACGCAUAAGGAAAAGUUUAGCAGAACUAUAACCAUAGCGAUAUCUGUGAAGUUUUAAAAAUCAUUCUAUUUCUUUGAGAAUAAGAAAAUCCACAUCACUAUAACAACAACAACACAGAGGGAUGAUAUCACUGGAGUCACUUUCAGAACUAUUUUUCCUAGCUCAUGAAUGAUAAACAGAUUGACAGACAAUCAGAAGCGUUUUAAGACCCCAUGUGAUGAAAAUCAAGUUUUUAAUGUUGUUUCCCUGUCUAUCAGGCGUUUUUAAUAUGUUUAAAGACAAACCAUGUGCAAAUUGAUCAGUCAAUGCCAUUUCGGAGCAUUUUCUCCUUGAAACUGCAGUGUGCCAAAGAAAGUAGGAAAUGGGCUUUUUCAAACCACAUUUUUAAUACCAUCAUGAAAAAAAUCGAUUCUCCGAUGCAUCGCGAUUAUCUCUUCAACGAUUCUGAAUCGAUUCUGUUGUAAGCUUGUUAAUUUUUUUCCGCAUAUGUUACGUGUGUGCGCUAGAAACACAACGGGCUUCAUUGCACAGAAUUUAACAGUCUGUGCUUUCACCCGCAGUGUUUUACUUGCUUUCAUUUCUGUCAUUUGGAAUGCAGUAUUAUGAGAUGCACGAAACUCGCGCAAUGAAAGACUUUCACGUGCGCUUUGUGUUUGCUGUCCUGAAGCUCAGUUGCGGCUGCGAUUAAAUGCACUUGCAUUUUCGAAUACUUUUAUACGAAAUUGAUGUACUCACAGUCAGUUAUGUUUUCAGAGCAGGACAAAACAUCUGAUAUUGAAAUAGAUCUGUGUGUGAAUGCAGCCUGUUAUAGCCGUCAUUUACUAUGAUCUCAUCAGUAAUAAUCAAACAACAAUAAUGCAGAGGAAAAAAAAGAAAAAUCCUCAAUUAUUGUCUGUAAACUUUCGGACACUUAAAUUAUUAUAAAUAAGUAAUUAAAAAAUAGCCUGCUGUGUAAUGUAUAAUAAAAAAAGAAAAAAAAGUAAAUUUUGCACAAAAUAAAUUUGAUAUAAAAUGUAUAUGAACCCAAUGUAGCCAUGUGCAGUAAUAUUGAAAACUGACAAUGUGAUGCAUCUUGAUAAUGAGUUGAUCAUGAUAAUGAAUCGUAAUUGAAUUGAAUUGUAAAACCAGUGAAGAUUUACACCCCUAUUUUUAAGAUUGCAGUACUUGCAUACAGAGAUUCCAACUAUAAACAAAAAGCAUAUGACUGCAAUUUUGUUUAAGAUGUAAAUUUGUAAAGAUGUAUUUGCACAACAAUUGUAAAAAAUGUAGAUCAAGAAUCGUUUUGGUAUCGGAUCGUGACUCCCAGAAUCGGAAUCGGAUCGGAUCAUGAAGUGCCUGAAGAUGCCCACCCCUAAUAGAUGUCCAUGAUGUAUGACAACAUUGUGAUGCAUCAAUAAUCGUAAUCGAAUCGAAUUGUGGGCCUCUGAAUCCUAAUCGAAUCGAAUCUUGAUAUACCCGUAGAUUCUCAUUCCUAGUUUCAACUGUUUGGUAAUGUUGUCAAACCAAAGUCUAAUGAUCUUUUACUGUUAAGUGUCUGAUGUUGUAGAGCAUGAUACAUUCUGAUACAUCAAAUUCUAUACGACCCUGUAGAAUUCGUUCUUCCUCCUCUUCUUUGGGAUCAGUUUCUGGUUCAAACAUAUUAUGGCUGAAUUAAUCCAAUAUAGCCACUUGCCAUUGUGUACCAUUUACUACUUCAGUUAACCAAGAAAGCGGAGCAGGUGGUCAAAAACUGCUGUUAUUGAGUGGAGGUGGGGUCUAAUUAGCAUAUUCUUGGAUACGCAUAUACUAAAUGAGGUAAAGGUAGAGUUCUAUUUAAGGCAUGAAGAAAUUAUUUUAUAUUAUCGCUAAGUUAUUUUUCUUUGUGUGAACCGGCAUUAUUUCAAAUCUCUGUGUGAACCAAAAUGACUAUCAAAUAAUAUUUUGCUGAAACUCAUGAGAUAUAUAGUAUCAUGAUAAAUGGUGCUUUAUUGCAAUUUUUUUAGGUUGAUACAAUAGGUUUUGGUCACUGUGUUCGGUUUUAUGGAAAAGAAGAGCGUGAACACUCUGCUAAACAUCUCCUGUUGUGUUCCAUGAAGGAAAAUCAUGAGUAAAUGACCGAUUUGUCAUAUUUGGGAUUUGACAUUAUUUCUUGAAUCACUCCGUGGGAUGUCUAGUAUCAGCAGCACCACAGAGCUACUUGUUGCCUGAAUAUCAAAUACUGGCUUGAUCCUUAUGACAGAAGGAGUGGCAUGAUAUGUGAUUGCAAAGAAAUUACUUUUAUUUUUGAUUGGGAUUUCAUAGCAUGGUUUUUCUCUGUGUUCCUGGCUGCUUUAUCUUUAUCUUUGUUUUUCAUUUCCUUACAUUUUUACAUAUCCUAUCACUUUGUGCUUUAUUUUAAAACAUUGUCAUAUAAGUGUGUUCUUUUUAUUUUCACCAAGAGUGCCUUUGCAAUGAAGGUAAUGGAAAAGGGAUAAAGAAAGAUUUAUUUAUGUGUGUGUGUGUGUGUGUAGUUGCUGUGAAAUUCGAGCUUGUAGUGCAUCACAUUUACAAACACUUAUAACUAUAGCAACCUGACAGCUACCACAGCUUAUAUCCUUAGCAAUGUUAUUAAACUCCUUCUCUUCAGAAUGCUUGUCACACUAUGCCUUACGUUUUUAAUCUUUUAAUUGUUCAUACAAGGCAGCACUCGUCUAUGUGUAAGUAUCCACAAAUCUCCCAUCAUCCACAACCUUUUACUCACUUGUGCCAUGUGACCAUUUCUCGUAUCAUUUUCAAGUGGAUUCAUACUUUUACAGAUUCUAGAGUUAUUGUGACUGGAGCCAAAACCACAUUUGAUUGCCUAUAUGUCUUUGUUCCUAUAUCGUCACUUGUGCACUUUAUGUGUGUGUGUGUGUGUGUGUGCCAGUGCAAGAGUGCAAGCAUGAUCAGCCUGGAGGUUAAAUAUAGCCAUUUAGAAAGGCUAAAAGCGGUAUAGAGGGGAGGGGUCAACAAGUGUAUCCAGAACAGUGAUGGCGUGGGGCACUGAUCAUUGACUCUUUUUUUAUGAGAGUCUUAAUAUCAGAAAGUUUAUGCUGCAGUAUUUAUACAACUAUGGGGGAGUUUAACCACUAGCUACAACUUUUUAAGCUUGUUUAUUUAAAAUCGCGAUCAAUUGGAAGUAGUGACAGAUCUUCUCUUCAGUAUUGUGGUGUACAUCCAAGUUUAGUGGAUUUUCUUUCACAUCUCUGAACACAUUUUUUUUUCUUUUUGUUUUGUGGGCUAUUCCUUUAAUUGGGAUAAAGUUAAAGCAAGAUAAUUGUUCAUGGACACAACUGUACUAACAAAUAUAUAAUGCUUUUCAUCCUCCCUUAAUACAUUUUUCAUUUUUUGUUCAUGUUUUCAAAGCAGAGUGGAGGUCAUGUAUUAUACUGUUUUCAAAUCCAUCAAAUUAAAACUGUAAAAUAACCUGCAUGCUGAAUGUAAACUUGAGCUUUUUCAUGUUUAAGAAACUAAAACGAGAGGGGAUCAGAUUUACUGUAUGCCUUGACUGGUAAUAAGUUGUUUUCUGAAGAGCAUUACUAACAACGUUUUUGACAUUGUUGUCUAUGUAAUGUAACAUAAGGCCAAACACCUGAGGUGGCUUCUGGGUAUUUGAAUUGUUAAUGUCCAGCAGGACUUCCAAAUUCUCCUCUUGAUUGGCCAGUUUGAUUGUGGCCAACCACCGGCUCAACAUAGACUUGCCCUGUAUAUCUUUCUUACCUUCAUUUUCUCUUCUCAAUCUCUCUGUCCCUUUCUCUUGCUCUCUUUCUUUGUCUUGGUAUUGUAUUUCACCUUUCUCCACCGGUUGUACACAGAUCCAAAUGUGUAUAGAGAAACCUUGAAGAAAUCAAUAAAACAUUCAUUCUUUUAAUGGUAA